AUCGUCGUAGAUGUAAUGAAUAAUAAAACUAUAAUGGAAUCGAUACGGAGAUGACCAUAAUUAUACUCAUUUCUCUGUGGUUUGAAGUUUUUAUAUUUUUAUGCGUUGCAACAUUUACUCGAGCCAAAAGUGACAUUUAUUUAUUUUUUUAGUCUAUGCCUUUCAUCAAAAAGCUCGGACGUUUGUUGUGUGAUUUUAUUUCCUAUUAUUUCGCCUUCCAUCGUUUAUUAUGUAUAAUGUUAAUAUUUAGAUAGUAAAUAAAUCUAUCUUACUUUAAAUUAGAUAGUGAUUAAAAUAAUAUAUUUUUUAUGUGUCUAAAUGCAGCAAAAGUAUAAUGUUUUUCGAGCGUAUAAUAAUCUCUGUAUUCUGCCUUGGAAUCAAAGCUUUACCAUGGGUCUUGGCCGAGGAAGUGGAGACCAGGGAAGUAGCAACAGACAAAGGCACUAAUGUUACAAUACCUUGUCAUGGGUUGGUAGUUUUAUCUGCUUCCAAUGUGCAGUGGGUUCAUAGAGGAAAUCAUACACAUCAUGAAAUUUUGGUAAGUUAUGUAACUUUUUAUGUUAUAACUUUUAUAGAAAAUCUUAUAGGACUCUUAUUGGGCAUUUUAUGUGUGAUUUUUAAAUUAAUUUAUAUUUAAGCAAUAAUAAACCUUAAGCAAUUUGAUUUAUUAAUUUUAAUUUUAAAAAUUCUAGCUUAUCAAAUUUUAAUUCUAUAUAGGUACUUAAUUACCCAUCAUAUAUUACAAUAGGAUAUGAUCUACAAAAGAGGAGAGCCUCUUAAACUAUUACAUAUAACUGCUUCAUGAACAUUGAUAUUUCUAAUCUAUCUAUUAAAAAUAAAUAAUCUAUUAAAAAUCUAAUAAAAUAAUCUAUUAAAAACUGUUUACUUUCAUUAUUACUGUGAACACACUACAUCAUAAUUUAAUCAAAUUUUUAUCUCGGUGAUGAAAAUCAUUAAUAAAAUUUGUGUGUUCAAAAACUACAAGAAAAGUUCAACUGAAUGAAAUUUGAAAUUUGAAUUUAUGAAAUUUUGAUAACCACAAUAAUAUAUCUAAAAAAUAUAUGAACUAUGAAAUAUUACUACUUAUUAUGCACUUAUUAUAAUAAACAAGUUUUCAAGUGAUUGGGCUUAGCAGAGACUUAUUUCUACAAUGUAGCUAUUAGACAACAUCCCAUACAUUGCUCAGAUUUUAAGAUGGGUAGCCCUAGCAUUUGGAGUAUUUGAGACAACAAAGGUACCAAUACACCCAGAACGGUAUAAAAAAAGUCCAUUUUAUACAUUGACUCAACCGGGAAUCAAACCUGGGACCUCAGAUAUGGCGACACCUGAAAUCGGCGUGCGAAUCACUCGGCUACUGACGUCGUAGUCGUAGGAGUAAUAUAGGAAAAACUGGUUAAUAUUUUCAAUUCAAACAUGACUAAACUACAAAAUUGUGAUUCUUCAAUAGAUUAAAGCAGCCUAGCACUAUAUUGACAGUUCAUUAUUAAUUUAACUUUAGACCGUCUGAGUGCGUCC